AUGGAUAUAAACGAAAAUCAAACAUCAAAUUCUGGAACAAUAUCAAGAUUUCUUGGAAGAAAGAAACGGUUAAUAUGGAUUAUUGUUGGUAUUGUAGCUUUUGUAGUAGUUGCAGUAAUUGUUAUUCCAACAAGUAUUGUUUUGACAAAAAAGAAAACUACAACAGCAGAAGUAAUAUCAACAACAACAUUGACAUCAACAACAAUAUCGACAGAAGACUCGACUACAAUAUCAGCAGAAGUAUCAACAGUGGAUGUUUCUUUCAAAAAUUGGUCUCAAACAAAUAAUAUGAACUAUCCACGAACCGCUCAUGUAGCAUCUGUAUUAAAAGACGGAAAAGUAUUAAUUACUGGUGGAUUGUUUGGAUCUACUGUUUUAGACAGUGCAGAAUUAUACGAUCCAUCAACAGCAACUUGGGCGUCUACUAAUCCUAUGAAUAACAAACGAUAUCGUCACUCAGUAUCUAAAUUACUUAAUGGAAAAGUCUUAGUUGCUGGUGGAGAGGAUAAUAAUGGAUGUCUGAGCAGUUCAGAAUUUUAUUAUCCAGAAGAAAAUAUAUGGACAAAAACUGGUAAUAUGAAUAGUCAAAGAUGUCAGCAUACUGCAUCCGUAUUAUCAAAUGGAAUGGUAUUAGUUACUGGUGGACCAGAUGAAAGUGCUGAGUUAUAUAAUUCAUCGACUGAAACAUGGACACUAACUAGUAACAUGAAAUAUGCACGAAAAAGUCACCAGGCAUCUAAAUUAAAAAAUGAAAAUAUAUUAGUAACUGGUGGGUUCGAUUAUGAUGACGAAUUAAACGUUGUUGAAUUAUACGACCCAUCGACAAAAUCAUGGACAACUACUGGCACUAUGCAUUAUGCACGAUCCUGGCACACAGCAUCAGUCUUAAAAAAUGGAAACGUAUUAGUUGCUGGUGGAGCCACACAUAAUCUUCGUAGUGCGGAGUUGUAUGAUUCAGAAACAGGAAAUUGGACAAUUACUGGAUCUUUAAAUUUUGGAAGAAAGAUUCAUGCAGCAUCUGUUUUAAUCAAUGGAAACGUAUUAGUGUGUGGUGGAACCAAUCUAUACACCAAUCUCUAUUUUACUAGUUCAGAGAUCUAUGAUCCAUCAACAGAAAUAUGGUCUACGAGCAGUGAUAUGAGCUGUAAGAGAUAUCGACAUCAGUCAUCUGUUUUAUCAAAUGGAACAGUAUUAGUUACUGGCAAUGGAGAGCAAACAUCAUUUAGAUGUACUGCAGAUUUAUAUUAA